UUGCGUGUUGAACGUAUCAAAAUGGCCGUUAACUCUAUCACGAUCGAAAACAAUAUUGUCGACCAGUGCUUUGAAUUAGUUUUGUAAAUUUAAAAACUUUGUAGUGCAGUUUUUUUUCAAAUUUUGUUAUUCUUUUGUUAAAACACAUACUUAUUUAUAAUCGAGUUUAGUUUGAAGUUCGUGAAAAAGUUAAAUUGUUACGAUUUGUAUUGUUUUGUGUUUCACUCUGGAGUCUCAUUGGAAAUUAUAUUUGAGGUAGACAAUGUGAUUCUACGCUUAUUGAAGUUAUAAAAAGAAGACCAGAACACUUGUAAAGCUGGAUUUUCUUUAAACCCACCAUGGAUUCCGAGAGUCGGAGCGAAUCGGCUCUGAAUAGCCCGACUGAGCCGGAUGUAUCAUUGGCAGCCUCACUCACAGACCCUCUGGAGGCACACACCCUAGAUGAGGCUAGGAGAACUAUCAGAGAUCUCCGAAUGAAGUAUCGAGCUCAAGCGCAUCAACUCUUAACAUGGCGGCGAGCUCAUCGGACACAAGAAGAACUAGUCACACGUCUCCAACGAGAGAAGGCUGAACAACUCAAAUCCCUUUCCAGCCAACUCCUCUUAUUCGAAUCGCGAUUGGUUCGCAAACAGAAGGAGAUCACCAACAUGCUAGCCCUCCGUGAAACGAUUAUAAUGAAACAGCAAAAAGUAAUCGAAACACUUCAAACUAAACUACUUGAUAAUGGCAUUGAUACGUCACAAACUAUUCCAGAUUUUAGAGACAUGUUGCAAGACAGUCACAUAACUGGUGACUUCGAUUCGCUGAACGAUUCAGAUUCCGCUGUCAUCAUGGAAGACAUAGACUCUGAUUGUAGCAAUCUACCACAUGUGCCAAGGUUUAGAUCGGCCAACCCAGACAGCGUAACGAUAGUUCGAUCUAUUUCAGACGCGAUAGAUCCAAAUCUAAAAUACAGCGUUGUGAGGCGAUCAAAUGGAUUCCUGCGGCGACCGGAAAUAUUAGAGACUGUAUACAGCGUCGAAGAAGAAGCUGAUGGAGAUUCUACCAAAGGCUUGAGUGCACAAAAUAGCACCGAGAAGGAAUUGAAAGAUGCAAAUAAAACAGACGAACAAAAGUAUAAAGAAACUAGUCUUCUCGCACAGAGACGAGACAAUUUCCGUAUGAGGAGCGUAGUUUUAACUGCCGAAGUUAAAAGCAUAGACAAUGAUAAAGAAACAAAAUCUAAGUCGAAUAACGAGGUCUGGUCAUACAGCUACGUGCCAAAAAGGAUGAUGCCGCCAAAUGAUUCCGACGAAGAAGUCACUUCAAAUCCAGAAAGUGAUGAGGGGGAGACAGAACAGAAGACUAAUCAGGUAGUGACAUACAACAGAGUGAUGUCAAACCAUAGGAACGUGACGAAACCGAAAGACGUUAAGUACAAAAGGAUAAACAAGGCUAAAUCGAAGAGCUUAGAGGAAUUGCGAGGGAGAUUAAAGAAUUGGGUCGAUAAGGGAAAUAAAUUAUCGGAUAUGCCGCUGGAGCAUGCGCAGAGUUAUGCAUGAAUCAUUUUGCCAAGUUCCUUUGUAACUUCAUGUGGAUUAUCGAAGCGAUGGCUUUUCAGUCACUACUGCGAGCUAUAAAUCAGGAUAAAGGAUCCCGUAGUGACAAUUUUAUUCCGUUUAAUAUAAGCAAACGCAUUUACAAUAAAAAAAUAUAGUAGCAAUUUCGUCAUUUUCAUUGAAACGCGUCGAGUGAGAUUGAUAAAUAUAUGCCAAAUUUUUAGGGUUAUAUUAUGGAUGUUGCUUUUUUGGCGUCUAGAAAAAAAAAUAUUUUUAAACUUAAAAGUAUUAGUAGAAGUAGUUAAAACAAUUUACGCUGUAGUAGAUAGCAUUAUUAAUAAAAUCAACGUUUCGCUCAUAUCAUAUUUUAUUCGACAAUAUUUUAUAAUACUGAAGAUAGAUGAUACUUUGAAGAGAAAUGUAAGUAUUACUUUUAACCAUCGUUACAAUAUUGCUGUUUUAAAUGUAAUUAAUAAAAAUUCAAAGCAAACUAUUAGUUAAAUAUAUAAGUAUCAAAAAAAAAAAUUAUAUAACUGGUACUGCUCUUAAAUGUCUUAAUAAAAUUGACGCACUAUUCUUGAUACUAUCUCCUUGGUCUGUUGUAAAAUAAAUUUAUACGAAUUAAUGUGUUGUGCAAAUUUUAAAGUUUUAUAAUCACACGCAAGUAUAAUAUAUAGCUG